AUGACGCCAAUGAGUAAACGAUGCCUCGGGCUAGUAAAUGACUUCCUUACGAGCGAUGCGUCUCUUCCACUCUCUCAACUUUCUCAAGAGAUGAUCCCCCCGGAGAUUAUUGACCGACAUUCCAAGCUAAGCACACCAUCAACAUAUCCGGGCAUGUUUGAUAGCGGACUACACAGGGCUACACAGGAGGCUGUGGCACUAACGGUGGAGAAUUUUAGGGAGGUUUUCAAGUUUUGGAAAUUGGAAGAGUUGAGUAUGUCGUAUAACGGCGGAAAAGAUUGCGAGGUACAGUUGAUCAUAUACUUGGCUAUAAUCGAGGAGCUCUUUGGAUUAUCUUGCACUGAUGGAGCUGUCAAGGGGUGCUACGUACAUACGGAGAAUGAGUUUGAUGAGCAAAUGGAAUUUUUACAGACUUCAGUGCAGGAAUUCGACCUUGAAUUCGUUGGUGUUUAUACAAAGGAAGCCAGCCAAUCACAUGUCUUAUCCGAAGGCCCACAUCUAAAGGUAGUGACUUCAUCUACGUCCACCUUGAUGGGUGGCUUUAAGAGGUAUCUGGAGGAAUGUCCACAAGUGAAGGCAAUCAUUGUAGGAAUCAGACAAACAGAUCCAUGGGGGUCGAAUCUUCAACUACAAAUGAAAACAGAUACGUAUAAGGGAUGGCCCGAUUUUACUAGGAUAAACCCAAUACUACACUGGAAGACCGCACAAAUAUGGUAUUUCCUCAAAUGGGUGGAAUUGAAGUGGCCUCAUUUCAAAUACUGUAAACUCUACGAUAUGGGGUUUACCAGUAUCGGUGGUAGGAAUACAACUAUAAGGAAUCCGCAAUUACGGAGAAGUAAUGAUAAGUAUUGGCCUGCUUGGUGGAUAUGCAAUGAUGAAAGCGAAAGAUUGAGUAGAAUCUAA